AUGACGACAAAAGAGGAAAUUAAAACUCAAUUAAACAAAGCAGAAGCAAGAUUAGAAGAGGCAGUGAAUAAUUUAAAAGAAUUUAUGAAGGAGAAUUUGGAGAAGUUUGAGAAAAGAUGGAGAAUAGAAGAACUGAAAGAAGAAAAAAAAAGAUUGGAGAAAGAGAAAGUGAAGUGGGGAGAUGAAGUGCUGGAGUGGACACAACAUACUGUAGAAAUGCUGGAAUCAGCAUUUGAUCCAAAUUAUAAAAAAAAUCUUCAAGGAUUAUUAUUUUUUGCAAAAAUGAAAAGGCAACAAGUAAACAAUUACCAUAGUUCAUGUAAAACUGCCACUGAGAACCCAAACAAAGAUUCAUGCGCAAAUAAAGGAGAAGGAAAACCAUUUGAGAAUACUACGGAAGAUUUGGAAAAUUUGAUGAAAAUUGUCACUGAUAUCUUUGGAGAUAAAAAUAUAUUGAAUAAGAUUCUAGAGAUGCAAUCAAAGGAACAAAAAAAUGGUGCUAAGAAAAGUGCCAAUUUUGCAGAGAUUAAAAGAAACAUCAAUGAUAAAGAGAAUGUUACCAUUGUAACUGAUCAUAAAGUGAGUGACAAAAUGGAAAUCAGUCCUGAAGAAAAAAUAUUAAUUGAUAUGGAAAAAAUUUAA